CUUUCCUUUCCAUUUCCCUUUUUACUUUUAUCUCUUGAAAGAACUUUUUUGAUUUCAUGGAUAAACAACAACAGAGGCUUUUUACAAAUAAUAAACCUCCAAGUAUGACAAACUAUCAGAGUCCAAGAGAAAGUUUUACAAGUUCAAGUACAGGAACGAGCAGUAGUCGAUAUACGAAUAGUGGGUUUUUGACAGCAGCUUCACUAUCCUCAAUCGAUCAUCAAUCCACUGCAUCCUCUGCCAUUCAUUUUUUGAGUGAUUCGAUGAUUGCUAGCGAAUCUCAGGAUUUUGAUAUUAUUGAUAGCUUAAAUUACGAAGACAUCGAUGAAACAUUGCUAGACCAUGAGUUAACUCAUCGGAAUAGAGAAAAAAUCGUGAAUACAUUGAUCAGGUCAGAGCAAGGUUAUACAAACUCGCUUCACUUGGUGAAACAGCUCUUCUUAGUACCAUUAAGGAAGGACACAAAGCAGUCCACCUUUAGUUUUUUGACAAGUAAAAAAGUACCUUGUACUGAAAGAGAGUAUCGUUGGUUGUUUGGAAACUAUGAAGAAAUCAUUAAAUUACAUGAUACGGUCCUUAGUUCUUUAAAAGAAAGAAUGCAGAUUUGGGGCCCUACUCAAAUCUUAUCAGACGUAUUUCAAUCUUGGUUUCCUCAUUUGGAGAUCUACCGCAGUUACUUUAACAACUAUGGGGUGUCUUUGACCACUUAUGAAAGACUCACCCGAUAUCAGCCUUUUAAAAAAUUUCUUGAUGCCACGUAUAAAGACAAGGCUGCACAAGAUGUUGACUUGCUUGCGCUGUUACAAUUACCCGCUUCGUGUAUCGCCCGUUAUGCUGAUACCAUUUCUCACUUGGCGGAUCUUACGCCACCCAUGCAUCCGGAUUACACCGGCUUACAAAAAUGCAAACAAUGGAUCAUUCAGUUUAGACAAUCGAUGACAGAAAAAAUGCUUGAUGCCCAAAAUGUUGACAAGGUGUUACGACUCCAUGAAGCCUUUAUCGAUGCACCCUUUACGGUAAGAGCGGAACGCAGAUUGAUUCUGCAGGGUAACCUCUGCCGUGUUACACUCAGUUCCCGCUCAGUGGGCGAGGAAAGGAAAUAUAUUCUGUUUACAGAUAUGCUCGUGUACGUAAAGCCCAUGCAACAAAAAGGCACGACGCGUUUACAGUAUAAGGGCCAUAUCGUACUUGAUCGAGCCAAGGUCCGUUCAUUAUCCAAGGAAGAAGCAGGUGGAAUUGCUCAUUGCUUUGAACUCACUCCUUCACACGCUGGAGUAGAUAGCUUAAAUACUACCUUUGUGAGUACAGCUCCAUCUUUUGUUCUUUAUGUCGGAUCAGAUGAAGAACGAAAAGAAUGGAUCAGUAAGUUAACUGAUGUGAUUGAUAACUUGGACAGAUUAGCGAUGAUCAAGCAAGCACAUGCGAAUAGAAAACGAAUUCAAGACUUGGCACCAAAAGGAAGUGCUAUCGCUUCGGUAGCUGCUUCUGUCAACUCUUUAUCCCUUGACGAUAGUAACAAAUCAAGUUCUUCAAAAGAAUCUUUUUAUACCAACUAAGUCUCUUUUCUUUUAAAGAUCAGUUUGAAAUGAUUAUGCCCCCCCUUCCCACUUCCUUUUUCCACCCUUUUCUUUCCUUUUUUUAUUAUGAAAAGCAAAAAAGUAUAAUGUUUUCAAUAUAGCAUAUGCAUUAUGAUAAUAUUCAUUACAAGUAUAAAUGUGUUUUGUCAAGGUAUCGUUUUUUUAAUAUGUGUGGCUAUUCAGAGUCUACCCAAUCUGAGGCAAUAACUCCAAAAUAAGGCACUUGGUAUCUUUCUAAUGACACGCCGUCCAAGUAAGCUCGGUACCUUUUUUUCUUUUAGAAUCUCCG